AUGAACUUUUAUCCCGUGCCUCCAACAAUUCAAGCAGAAGAAUUCGUCCGGAUUCCAGACGAAUUAAGAUGCUUAAACCAAGCGUCGGAAUGGCGAGGUGGCUUUGCAAGACAAUUCCAAUGGAUAUUCCUCGAAGGACCCGUCGCCGACUUGGAGGGUAAUCUUUACGUUGUUGAUGUGCCAUACGGCAGAGUCCUAAAGGUUGACGUAAAUAAAGAAGUUUCUAUCUGUGCUCAGUGGGAUGGGGAGCCUAAUGGCUUGGCUGUGGAUAAAGAUGGAAACCUUCUUGUUGCAGAUUAUAAGCAGGGUAUCUUUUGCCUCGACCCAUCAACGGGAAGUGUUACUCCUAGAUUAACUAGGAGACAUCUCGAACGGUUCAAGGGUCCAAAUGAUUUAAUUGUCGAUUCGAGAGGCAACAUAUUCUUUACGGACCAGGGUCAAACAGGUAUGACCGAUCAGACGGGUAAAGUGUAUAAGAUAUGUGCCGAUGGAAGAUUGGAAACUCUGGUUGAAAAUGGCGUUUCUCCCAAUGGCCUAGUCCUCUCACGGGACGAGCGAUUUUUAUAUGUUGCGAUGACGCGAGCAAACCAAGUGUGGCGGCUUCCUCUUCAUGAGGACGGUACGGUCACUAAAGCAGGGGUAUUCUUCCAAUCUUUCGGCAACGCUGGCCCAGAUGGUCUGGCACUUGAUGAAGAAGGGAGUCUUUUCAUUUGUCAUCCUAGUCUCGCGUCCGUUUUUGUCGUAGAUUCGGAUGGCGUCCCAAAGGCAAGAAUUGUAAGCGGAAGCCAAGGCAUAAACUUGACUAAUUGCUGCUUUGGCGGACCUGAGAAUAAAACAUUGUUUAUUACGGAUAGUCUCGAGGGUAUCAUACAGAAAGUCGAAUGGCACUGUAGGGGCGCGACGAAAAGACCGAUAGUUAAGCAGUAA